AUGGCCGGAGUUCGGGCAGUUGUUUUCCUUUCGUUGGCCGGGGUGGUCGGGUUGACGCUGCUCGUCUUGGGAUGCGCGUUGCCAAGUUUCGGUAGUUGGUGGCCACUCUUCUGCAUCACUUUCUACAUUCUAUCGCCAUUGCCAUUGAUGAUCGCAAAGCACUAUCAAGAGGAUAUGACCGGCACAAAUGCUUGCAUCGAGUUGGCUCUCUUCAUCACGACAGGAAUUGUUGUCUCCGCAUUCGCACUGCCCACCGUCUUGGCGCACGCCCAAGUGAUUCAUGCUGGCUCGUGCAUUCUAACCGUCAUGGCAAAUGUGGUGCUAUUUGGGACGAUUUGCGCAUAUUUCUACCUGCACCGGGACGACGAUUCGGGCAGCUGGGGAGCUUCGAUGUUC